ACUUAUUUGUAUUCACCAAAAACUGUAGAAGAGUCUGGGUCUUUAUUUUAUAUUGUACAAAGAAACAUGAACACUGGAAAGCUGAUAACCUUCUUGGCCAGACAUUAUAGACCAGUGCUAAAUAAAGUAAGUCGACUAAUUUCCUGUAAGCAGACGCCAUCUGGUGGAGAACUUGUAUUUAUGCUGUUAUUCCCAUCAUAUGAUAUUAAAGGUCCUCAUAUUACCUUUGUUAGCGUUGAUUUACAUAAAUUUAAAAUAAUGGAUCUUAAUAUCACAGUUGAACUCUCUGAAGACCAGCACCAACAGUGCAUUGAUGAUGAUGUGUGUUCAUUUGAUAUAUCACGUGUGCACGAUGCCACUGGUGCUGACUAUAUCCUCUGUAAUAUUAAUGGAUUAUUCAUGGGUUAUUCACUUAAUACUGGUAGUUUGAUUAUGUCACCGACCAACGAGGAUUUUGUUGGUUUGAAAUUAGAUCCAAGAUACAGUACAAUGACCCCUGCAUCACACAUUGUAGUAGCGUCAUUUAGAGGACAAUUUAUGGUUAUUCAGUGCCCAAAGGUAAUGCCCAUAUACAGCCACUGUAAUACACAAUUCCUGUAAAUUGCGCCCUCUGGUGAUGGAAUACAUGUAAUUUCAAAAUAACAAAUAUGAGUGAAAGCAAUGUCAUUCAAAUCUUCUAUUUAUUGCUUUGUCAUGGCUUAGUAGUUUCUUUGUUA